AGGCGGGCCCCAACAUGGCGGCCGCCUGGGCCUCCAGGCCCGCUUCUGCGGAGGCCAUGGCCGCCCGCCUGCUGGGGCUCCUGUGGCUCGUGACCGUCACCACGAGACCUUGGGCGGCUGCCGCCGCGGCGGACGAGGAGACAUUUAAGUGCGAGGACCUCAAAGUGGGACAAUAUAUAUGUAAAGAUCCUCAAAUAAAUGAUGCUACACAAGAACCAGUUAACUGUACAAACUACACAGCUCAUGUCCAAUGUUUUCCAGCACCCAACAUAACUUGUAAGGAUUUCAGUGGCAACGAAACACAUUUUACUGGAAAUGAAAUUGGUUUUUACAAGCCUAUAUCAUGUCGAAAUGUAAAUGGCUAUUCAUACAAAGUAGCAGUUGCAUUGUCUCUUUUUCUUGGAUGGUUGGGAGCAGAUCGAUUUUAUCUUGGAUACCCUGCCUUGGGUUUAUUAAAGUUUUGCACUGUAGGAUUUUGUGGAAUUGGGAGCCUAAUUGAUUUUAUUCUUAUUUCAAUGCAGAUUGUUGGACCUUCAGAUGGAACUAGUUACAUUAUAGAUUACUAUGGAACCAGACUUACAAGACUGAGUAUCACUAAUGAAACAUUUAGAAAAACACAGUUAUAUCCAUAGAUACUUUAAUAAACAGAGUCGAGCCUCCUUGAUUUUAACAGAGAAUACCCAGUAUGUGGAUUUCCAGAUAUUCCUUUUUCUUCGUCAAACACCACUUGAUGGGUUCCAUCUGAUCAUUUUUUUUUCAUGUCAUCAUUUUUGAUCUAGUUAAAUGUAUAGUCUCUGGGCACUAGUAGCUCACACCUGUAAUCCUAACUACUUAGGAGGCUGAGAUCUAGAGGAUUGUGAUUCAAGAACAGCUUGGGCAGACAAAUCCUCAAAACUCAAUCUCCAGUUACAAGCAAAAAAACCACACUGGAGGCAUGGCUCAAGUGGUAGAAUGCUAGCUAAGUGAGCACAAGGCACUGAGUUCAAACCUUGGUACCACCAAAAAAGAAGUGUAUUAUUCUUGGAUUUAUUUAAUAAUUCUUUGUUUAUAAGCUGUAUAAUAGUCUCUCUGAGGCUUCUGUCUCUAUGAGACAGAUAGCUCUUUAUUCUAAUAUUGUUUAAUGUCUCUUAUAAAGGCAAGUUGCCACUUGUCAUUUUUUCUCUUAUGAUAAAUAAAGACAUAACUUAUUCA